GAGGAGCCCGGGAAGGUGGGGGCGGACGCAGGAGGGGACUUAGGUCGGAGCCGCGCACGUCGUCGCCGUCAGAGACGCGCCCAGGAGGCGGGGCUUGUUGGCAGGCCACGCCCAGGGGCGGUCCAUUCAGGCCCGGCCUUCAGGCGAGCCUGGCGAGUGGGGCGAGCGAGCCGGGUCACUAGGGGAGCUGCUCCUCCCUGCCCGACCUGAGGUUCCAGAACACUCGCUUCGCAGUUGCCUCGGGUGGUGGGGCCAAAUGCAGAGCCGUCGCCGACAUAGCCACUCGGACGCUCUCUUCUCAGAUAGCCUUCUCGUUUGACCCCUGGAGCGCCGCCUCAGCCCGUCAGCCCCAGUCAGCCCCUCAGGCUCAGCACCAAGGAGAUCCAGUCUUGCUACCUAGCCAAGUCCAGUCAUGCAGGGUCAGGAAGAUGGAGACAGCAUCCUUCCUUCUGCCAAGUGUUCCAGAGUGGUCAGCCGAUUUUCACCCUGCAGCCUGCCUUCCAAGAAUAGUAGACCAAUGUCUCAGCUUUAUGGAGAUACCUUCUGGGAGAAUCUUAGUCAAAGGUCUAGCUCCAACUGGAUGGUAGAACAGAACAUUCCACCAAUUCUGAGGACCACUGGUUUCUUCCAGCCUGGCCUGCACCCUCUUGAGGGGCUCCCUCCUCCUGAGAAGCUUUGGAGAAGAAAGAGAAAGAAGCUACAUUUGGAAAGAAUGCAAAAGGGACCUGGAAGCAUUCCAGCCUGUGUUAGAGCAGUAACUUAUCAUCUGGAGGACCUGAGGAGGCGCCAGAGAGUCAUCAAUGAACUGAAGAAGGCCCAGUGGGGCAGCUCUGAUGCUACACCUGAACUCCCGGUGCUUGAAGAGGACUGUGAACUCCCAAGCACUACAAAAUACUUUGACAUGGUAGAAGAGAGGGCAACGUAUCCACCGGAAGAGACUUACUUUGUCACUCCCAGGGAUCAGCUGUUUUGGUCUCCCUGGACUCCUGUAGACCAGCAGGGGACUUAUGCCUCUGGGCGGCUAAGCUCUCUGGCCUACAGCACUGUUACAGCCAGAAAGAACCCCACUUACAAUCCCCAGAGGAUGGAGUUGGAGUCUGAGGAGUAGUGGGAAAUCAUCCAGGCCCAAGCUACGGAACCCAAGACCAAUUCAAACAUCAAGACUCCCUAUUGCUGGCUUCAAGGCGGUUGUUUUCUCUCUCCUAACCUUAAUUGUUGUCUCCAUCCCAUAGCGUAGGCAUUCACAGCCCACUUGAGUUCCUAUCCAGCUGCCCAGUACACUCACAGCCGGGUUUUUCUCUGGGCCAGAACCUGGUCUUGUGUUCUCUCUGUUCUGUUAUUAAAGAGCCCUAAGUUGUCUUGUUUCUGCGCGAGGUAGUGAUGAAAGGGGAAUGAAAAGGCGGACUCCUUUGAUUUUCUUGAUCAUUCAGUACAAUGAAGUCAAGCUAGGU